AUGAUUCCCUCGCGUCUUGUUGAAUUACCAGAAUAUCAAAUCGAAGAAACGAGUAUGAAGCUACCGGAAAUGAUAUUCGCCGACGGCGAGGAACCCGUCGGAGUAAGGGCUCUUACAUACCAGUCAUCGCGUUCCAUCAACACCAUUCUCAAUGCUCUCGAUGAAGAAGAGAUUCAGUUUAUCCGACAAUCAUCUUUCGGCAAGCUUGUCGAUAUCACAGAGAAACCCGCCUUCUCCGAUAGAUUUGCCCGAUUCCUUCUGUCGAGACAACUGAAAGUGGAAAAAAAAUAUGAAGCUUGGUUCCGAUUCGCUGGAAAGCCCAUAAGAUUCUCGCUCCGAGAGUUUGUCAUAGUCACCGGUCUUCCCUGUGGCGAGUUCCCCAAGAAAUAUAAGCUGAAGAAGAAGAAAAACAUUAACGACAAACUCUACUGGCCUGAGCUUUUCGGAAGUCUGGAAGAGAUGCGUGUAUCUAGGGCGAUUAAGAUGCUCCGGAAAAGAACUGUCACUGAGAAAGAUAUCCGGAUGAAACUAGCAUGCCUUGCAAUUGUAUUCUCUGUUCUGUUAUCCACUAAUUUGAAGAUGAAGAUGCUGAAGGAACACGCGGAGUUGCUUGGGGAUAUGGAAGAGUCUUUGCCUUCUCCUGGGCUUGUUAUUGUUGAAGCUGUUCCUUCGCUAACUGAAGUAGUCAAAGAAUCUUGUUCGUCAUCAGAGUCUGACAGCGAUGAAGAUGAUGUUGAUGGCGUGGCAAGUAAAACAAAGAAGAAAACUCUAAGCCCUGAACAUACCCGCGAAGUAGACAAAAAAGAAAAGGUUUUGCUGUGGAGUAUACUUCCCCAAGACCCAGCAAGACCGGUAGACGAGUCGGUGCUUGUAUGGCCUGAUGAAGUUGUUGACAUAAAAGUAGCGUACAUGCUUAGUUGCAUUAGCGCUAAUCACGUAUUUACAAAGAAUAUGUUCAGGGGUGGGGUAACCAAAGGCGAUGUAGAAAGGAUGCGUGAGAAGGCCAAAGCAGGAGGGAGAAAGAAAGCACUACCUUCGAAGGGUAAAGAGUCACCAGUUCUUAAUCAAAUUGAUGGUGAUAUUGCUGCUGUUGUUGCCUCUGUCAAAGAGGUUUUUGCCUGUUCUGUUGCGUUCGCAGCCAAGGUUAUUGCAACUGUCAAAGGAAUGUUGAAGUCUUUGAAGACUGAGAUCAUGUCAUCUAGGUCGAGGAUAAAUACUCCAUCCCCUCUGAGUCUCCAAAAUCUACGGGAGGGCCUGAUGGGGUGGCGGAUGGAUGAGUUCUUCCAAACACAACCGCCGUUUCUCGUGAUGGAAAUGAUGCGAUAA